AUGGAAGAAAGUGCCAAACUUCGGUUUAAUAAUAGCACGACAUCGUAUGGUAAAGCUGGCAUGGAAACUUCUACAACACGCCGCAAACGUUCCUGGUCGCGGGCCGUUUUUAGCAGCUUGCAGCGUAAAGGCCUCGAGAGGACGUUUCAGGAGCAAAAGUAUAUAACCAAACCCGAUCGCAAGCGUCUAGCUGCAAAUUUAGGUCUACAUGAUGCACAGGUUAAAGUGUGGUUCCAAAACCGUCGUAUGAAGUGGCGUCAUAUGGUUAAAAAAAACACUAUUUUCUCAGCAUCCCAUAAUGUAAAGCUAGAACAUUCUGGUUCAUCAACCUCAUCUCUUAUGAGUUCUAUUGCACCGGAACUCCUUAAAUCUAGCCACACUGAAGACAAAGAAGAUAUAGAUGUAAUCAUUGAUUAA